AUGGCGGGGCAGUGGACACUCCUGCUUGCUGCCUUCCUUCUGCCUGGAUUCCUGCUCUCAGAGGCUGCCAAAAUUAUGACUGUAUCAUCUUCCCUAGGUGGAAGCCAUUAUCUCCUGCUGGACCGGGUAUCUCAGAUUCUUCAAGAUCAUGGUCAUAAUGUCACUAUGUUUCUUCACAUAGAAGAAUUUUUAAUCCCAGAUUUUGAAAAGAGAAACAUUUCGUACAAAGUUAUCAGUUGGCUUCCAUCUGAAGAUCAUAGAAAAGAAUUUAAGAAACUUUUUGAUUUCUUUGUGACAGAAGCUUUGCUUGGCAGGGAAACACCUGACAAUUUUUUUAAGUUAAUGGUACAACUGGGAAUCCAAUGCAGUGAUUUGCUCAAGAGAGGUGAUAUCAUGGAUUCCCUGAAAAAUGAGAACUUUGACCUGAUAUUCAUUGAAGCAUUUGACUUCUGUUCUUUCCUGGUUGCUGAGAAGCUUGGGAAGCCAUUUGUGGCAAUUCUUCCCACACAGUUUAACACUUUGGACCUUGGGCUACCAAGCCCUGUGUCUUAUGUUCCAGUAUUCCAUUCCAUAACUGACCACAUGGACUUCUGGGGAAGACUGAAGAAUUUGUUGAAGUUCUUUGGUGUUUCCAUGAAGCAAUGGCAAAUCCAGUCUAUAUUUGACAACACCAUCAAGGAACAUUUCCCAGAAGGUCCAAGGCCAGUUCUGUCUCAUCUUCUAUGGAAAGCAGAGCUGUGGUUUGUUAACUCUGACUUUGCCCUUGAGUUUGCUCGGCCUCUACUUCCCAAUACUGUAUAUGUUGGAGGCUUAAUGGUGAGACCUGUUAAACCAGUACCACAAGAAUUUGAGAAUUUCAUUGCCAAAUUUGGAGACUCUGGUUUUGUCCUUGUGGCCCUGGGCUCUAUUGUGAGUAUAUAUCAGUCCCAGGAAGUUCUCAGGGAGAUGAACAGUGCCUUUGCUCAUCUGUCUCAAGGGGUGAUAUGGAAGUGUAAUUCUUCUUAUUGGUCCAAAGAUGUCAAAUUGUCUGCAAAUGUGAAAAUCAUGGACUGGCUUCCUCAGAAUGACCUCUUAGCUCACCCACGCAUCCGUCUCUUUGUCACCCAUGGUGGAUUGAAUAGCAUAAUGGAGGCCAUCCAACAUGGUGUACCCAUGGUAGGGAUUCCUGUCCUUGGAGAACAGACUGAAAACCUGAUCCGAGUAGAAGCCAAAAAGUUUGGUGUCUCUAUCCAACUUAAACAGAUCAGGGCAGAGACAUUGGCUCUGAAGAUGAAGGAAGUCAUUGAAGACAAGAGGUACAAGUCAGCGGCUGUGGCCGCCAGUAUCAUCAGGUGCUCCCACCCCCUGACCCCUGCCCAGAGGUUGGUGGGCUGGAUCGACCACAUCCUCCAGACAGGGGGUGCAGCCCACCUCAAGCCCCAUGGCCUGCGGCAGCUGUGGCAUGAGCAGUACAUGCUGGAUGUCUUCUUGUUCCUGCUGGUGGUCACCCUGGGCACACUGUGGCUCUGUGGGAAGCUGGUGGGCAUGGUAGCCAGGUGGUUGUGUGGAGCCAGGAAGCUGAAGAAGGCCUUAUGGAGGUGCUGUCUUGGUGGAGGUUUGGGGAACCACUUGUUGUAG